GCAGUCAGUCUUCGUCGUCGCCUCUGCCAUGGAGAUCCCCGACUUCUAUCGCGGCCGCAGCGUGCUGCUGACGGGCGGCACGGGCUUCAUCGGCAAGGCCGUGGUGGAGAAGCUGCUGCGCUGCUGCCCGGAGGUGGAGCGCAUCUACCUGCUGGUCCGCGAGAAGCGCGGCGUCGACGCCAAGAAGCGCCUCAGCCAGCUGCUGGCCCUGCCGGUGUUCGCCGGCUGCCCCAUCGGCAAGGUGACGGCGGUGGCCGGCGACGCGUCGCUGCCUGGCCUCGGCCUCAGCGCCGAGGACCGCGACGUGCUGGUGUCCAACGUGUCCGUCGUGCUGCACUCGGCGGCCACCGUCAGCUUCGCGGAGCCCCUGCGCGUCGCGGUGCCGCUCAACGUGGAGGCCGUGCACCACGUGGCCGAGCUGGCCCGCGACAUGGAGCAGCUGGCGGCCCUCGUGCACGUGUCCACAGCGUUCAGCAACUGCAACCUGCCCUCGGUGCGCGAGGAGGUGUACCCGCCGCCCGCCGACGUGCGUGACAUCAUCCGCAGGGCCAAGGAGGACGGCGACGCCCUGGAGAGGGACACGCCGCGGAUCAUCGGGGACCGCCCCAACACGUACACGUUCACCAAGGCGCUCGCCGAGAGUCUGCUGGCGGAGGAGGCGGCGGACUUGCCCGUGGCGAUUGUGCGGCCCUCUAUCGUGGGCUGGGCGUGGCGCUACCCGUCCCCCGGCUACACGGACAACGCCAACGGGCUGAUGGGGCCCUUCAACCUGGUGGCGCUGGGCGUGGUGCGGAGCGCCUUCUGCGAGUCCGGCUGCGUGGCGGACACGGUGCCGGUGGACUUCGUGGUCAACACGGUGCUGGCGGCGGCCUGGCACACUGCGAGACAGCGGCCCCCCGAGCCCCGCCCCCGGGACCACGUCGGCGCGGCGCCGCGGCCGCCCGCCCCGCCCGCGGUGUACAACUGCGUGGCGGGGACGCACAACCCGGUGCCGUGGGGCACACUGCUGCAGACCUGGGUGCGCCGCUGCAGGGAGCGGCCGCCCGCCCGGGCAGUGUGGUGGCCGUCGUGCCCCCUCACCACGUCCCCCUGGCGCCACCAGGUCAGCACCUUCCUCACCAUGGUCCUCCCCGCCGCCCUGCACGACAGCGUCGUCGCGCCCCUCAUGGAGAAGCCCGCCAGGUUGCUCCCCAAGCAGCGUAAGUUGGCCCGCCGACUGGAGGCGUUGCACUUCUUCACGACGCAGCAGUGGCACUUCCAGGACGACAACGUGCGCGCGCUGUGGUCGCUGCUGUCGGACCGCGACCGCGUGCUGUUCCCCCUGGACGUGGAGGCCAUCGACUGGGACGCCUACUGCAAGACGGCCUUGGCGGGCACCAAGCUGCACCUGCUGCGAGAGGAGGGGGUCGACGGCAACCCACGCGGACUUUACCUGUUGCACCGUCUCACGCAGACGGCGUUGACUUGCGCCGCACUGUUGACGCUGGCAGGGUGCGCCUUUGUGGCCAACCCCAGCCUCACUGCCGUCAUUUCGACUUGAAGAAGCUUGGACCACAAAUGAUGCUCAGCUUUCCGUGUCCGCACGAGUGUUGCCUGCACUCCUUCACAACACAAGUCCGUCCCUACGUUCACAGCCCACUGUCAAGCGCGUCAAGUUCAUCGAGCUGGUUCAAGCCGAUUGGUGUAAUUGGCGUACAUCUGACACCACCUCACCGAUGUUUCCAGUCCGGUGCCGACCGUCCAACGGUGUCCCUUUCCACUGGUAGCCAAGGAAUGUGACGUCACGUUUGUUUUCACGUGAUAACGGCGAUGUUGGUUUGAGCGUGACAAACGGUGAAAAUUUACAGUCAAACGAAU